AUGUGGUCAAGUGAGAAAGUUUUAAGAUUCAUUGAAGACUACCAGUCUAUGCCCUGUUUGUGGGAUGUUAAGAACAAAGACUACAAAAACAGAAUCAAAAGAAAGCUGGCUCGUGAAUCACUUGCAGUUAAAUUUAAUGAAUCGGUAUCGGAGAUUGAGAAAAAAAUACACAAUCUUAAAACAUCGUACAACCGUGAACGAAAAAAAACUUGUACGGCCAGUGGAUCCUCUCCUAAGGAAUCGUCGUGGUUCGCGUUCAAAUAUUUGCAAUUUUUGCAACCAGCAAUUGAACCAAAAAAAACUCGGAACACCGAUUUAGAUGAUACCCAGGAUGAGAACGAUACGAAUGAAAUUUCGUUGUUAAACUCCAGCGAUUAUCAUGAGGAUCAGAACGAGGAACCUCUCUCGGUUGAUGACGCCGAACGCCCAUCAUCUUCGAAACGGAUAAAGAAACACGAUUCCCCUGCAGAACAGGCUGUCAAAUGCAUGAAGAUGUUAUGCGACAAUGUCUCUGCAAGGGACGAGUAUUCGGCGUUUGGCGAUUAUAUAGCCAACAAACUACGGAACAGUAGCAGACCCAAAAUGGAAACCGCCGUGGCCCAGAAAAAAAUGAACGACAUUUUGUUCGAGCUGGACUUGGGUCUGCUGGCCAGAGAGAUCCCGCACGAUGUUCCGCGAGACAUUCCUUGUGCGAUUCCAUGCCAAAUGCCUCGAGAGAUUCCUCGUGAGAUUCUGCAUGAUAUUCCUCGCGCGACGCGUCGAUCAAAUCCGCGAGAAAUUUCCCGUGAGAUUCCUCAGGAAAUUUCAAGCGGUAUUUAGCCCGAAAUUCCUUACGAAAUAGUCAACGAAAUACCACACGAAAUCACUCCCGAGCCAGUGGCUGUCGAGAUCGAUCCAGUUGAGUAUUUGGAGUCAGAUUCAUCAGUGACAA